AUGGAGAAAUCGAAAAACUUUCGCAUCGACGCCCUGCUGGCGGACGAGCCCAACCGGGCCGGCCGAGAGCGAGACCGGGACCGGGACGUCUCCCCGGGCCUGAGCUGCGACAGUCCGGCCGGCAGCCCGGGGUCGUGCCGCCGCGGCGGAGACCCGCCGUCGCCUCGAAUGCUCCCGAAGGCGAGCGUUCUCAACCUGGCGCACCCGGCGCUGACUUCCGUGCCCCAGGCGGCCAUUCCGGGCAUGUACCCCGCGCCUAUGUACCCACUGUCGGCGCUAGGAGGCCAACACCCCGCCUUCGCGUACAGCGGCUUCACGCAACUCACUCACGCCUACCCGGAGCAUCUGAAGGCGGCCGCGGCCAUGGCGGGCUCAAUGCCUCUGGAAUGGAUCCGAGCUGGGAUUAUGAUGCCGAGACUGCCGGAUUACAGCGGUGAGUGGCCUCAGUCGGGAUUGUUGGGAAAGUGCCGGAGGCCUCGCACGGCCUUCACCAGUCAGCAACUGCUGGAAUUGGAGAACCAGUUCAAACUCAACAAGUACCUGUCCAGACCCAAACGCUUUGAGGUAGCCACGUCCCUCAUGCUGACUGAAACACAGGUCAAAAUCUGGUUCCAGAACCGUAGAAUGAAGUGGAAGCGCAGUCGAAAAGCCAAAGAGCAAGCCAGCGCUUCUGCACCGUCGGAACCCGGCAGCAAAACUUCUGCUGACAAAACUGUCGAGAAAAGAUCUCGGCACGACUCGGAGGACGCGCGAGUGGAUCUACUUUUGGAGGACGGGGAUGAAGAAGAUGAUGAAGAUGAAGAGAUGGAGGAUGAGGAUGAAGAUGAAGAAACCCGACGAGGUUUUUCCGUGGUGAUGGGGAACCGGGUCGGGAUGGCGCGACCUGUGGACUUCGACGUUAACUUCAACCCGCAUAGUCCAUUCUCUGAAGACGAGCUGGAUGGAGUGCGAACAGAUAGGAAGAUAGUGGCGGGACUGUGA